GGAAGUCGGCCAUCUUUCUUUGUUCGGUCAGAGAUCAGGGGAUAUAAUACAAAAAGUAAACAUCUAAUAAUAUGGCUCUUCCUAGUUUUAGGAAUAUACCUUCCUCGCCACAAAUCGGUAGUAAAGCCAGAGGUCCCGUUCCUUCUGAAUCAAAGGGGAGUAGUCCAUUUGUACAGUCUAGUCAUGGUCAUCCUAACUUUCAGCCAGUUAAAAUGGGUUCGAGACGAGAUCGAGAUAGUGGUAUUCCUAAACCACCAAAACCACCAGACAAGCCACUCAUGCCAUACAUGAGAUACAGUCGCAAGGUCUGGGAGGGAGUGAAAGCUGCUAAUCCUGAUCUUAAACUAUGGGAAAUAGGAAAAAUAAUUGGUGGAAUGUGGAGAGAUUUAUCUGAAAUAGAUAAACAAGAAUUUGUUGAAGAAUAUGAAUCGGAAAAGUCUCAGUAUAAUGAAGCUAUGAAAGCUUACCAUAAUUCUCCUGCUUAUCAAGCUUGGGUCUCCGCUAAAAGUAAAGCUGCGGCAGAAGCAGCCAUCGAAGAAGAGGAAAGGACAUCUGAAAGAUCAGCUGAAAGACAAAGAAAUUCUGCGAAGUCGAAACUGGAAAUGCCUAGAAUUAGUAUACAGCCUGCUGAAGAUGAGGAUGAAACUGAUGAUGGAUUUUCUGUAAAACAUAUAGCUCAUUGUCGUUACACUAGAAAUCAUCGUUUGAUAAAUGAUAUAUUUAGUGAAAGUGUCGUACCAGAUGUACGUACUGUGGUAACGACGGGUAGAAUGAGUGUAUUAAAAAGACAAGUUCAGUCACUUACAAUGCAUCAGAAAAAACUGGAAGCGGAACUUCAGACUAUUGAAGAGCGCCAUGAUGCAAAGAAGCAAAAGUUUAUGGAAUCAAGUCAUCAGUUUCAUGAUGAUUUAAAGAAGCUGUGUGAAAGUAAACCUGAGAUAAGUGAAGAUAUGUUGAAUGGUAUGAUAACUAAAACUAAAGAAGACAUUAAAAACAGACAGACUCAAAUGGCACAACAACAAGAGGAAGAAAGAAAAAAAGUCGAUGAGAAAAGGAAAAAAGAAGAGGAUGGACAAAAGGAUGGAGAUAAUAAAUCGAAUGAAGAUGAAGAAAUGCCCAUGGAAACUGACACAAAUGUUGGACAGAUUCAUGAAUCAGAUAAAAAAGAGAGUGUAGAACCAGAUUCCAGUAUGCCGCCAUUAAAGGAACUUGAUGAAGAAAGUAUGCCAGCACCAGAUACAACCACUGAUACCCCUUCGGAACAAAGUAUAAAUAAUGAUGAUAAUAAAACAGAUAGUAGAGUACACAGUUCAACUGAAGAAAACAAGGAAGUUGAUGCGUCUAAAAACAGUGAACAACAAGAGACCUUUGUUAAAGAAGCAACAUCAUCAAGUGACCGUGACACUAAACAAAUGGAAACAAACAGUAGAGUAAAUGAAAAAAGCUGAAAUUAAAGUCUUGUCGUAUCAAUUAUUAAUAUGGACAACCUUUAAAAGAAAAAGAACAUGGCUUCUUGGACGAACAUUUGUGUGCUCUUCAAACUGUUUAAAUGUACUGCAACCAUAAUUGUACUGAUUGUUACUUGGGUGAUACUUAAUUACAUGGUUCAGUUAUAGUUUUUUUCCCCCAUUAGAGAGAUCGGGAGGGAGGUUAAAUGUAUAUUAUUAUUAGUGCUGGGUAUUGCCACUGCAGACACCAUUACGAUAUAUACAUAUUGAGAUUCAGGUGUUACGAUAUGUAUCACAAUUCAUAACCAGAUCAAUAUUUACUAAGAAAACAACAGGAUAAAUGAAUAAUUGGUAUUUUUAGUCAUGUCGAUCUCAUAAAGAAAUAAGACUGUUU